AAGCGGCGGGUCGUCUCGCCCGCUGCCGCGCUAUGCCCGCCGCCGGCUCCGAGCUGCCGCGCCCGAUGUCGCCGCCCGCCGCGCAGGAGCAGGGCGCCGAGUCGCGGCCGCCGCCGCCGCACGGGGAGCUGCAGUACUUGGGGCAGAUCGAGCACAUUCUCCGCUGCGGCUUUCGGAAGGAUGACCGCACGGGCACCGGCACCCUGUCGGUGUUCGGCAUGCAGGCGCGCUACAGCCUGAGAGAUGAAUUUCCUCUGCUGACAACCAAACGUGUUUUCUGGAAGGGUGUUUUGGAGGAGUUGCUGUGGUUUAUCAAGGGAUCCACAAAUGCUAAGGAGCUGUCUUCCAAGGGAGUGAAAAUCUGGGAUGCCAAUGGGUCCCGAGACUUCUUGGACAGCCUGGGAUUCUCCACCAGAGCAGAAGGGGAUUUAGGCCCAGUUUAUGGCUUUCAGUGGAGGCAUUUUGGGGCCGAAUACAAAGAGAUGGAUUCAGAUUAUUCAGAUAAAGGAGUAGAUCAACUGCAAAAAGUGAUUGACACAAUCAAAACCAACCCUGACGACAGAAGAAUCAUCCUGUGUGCUUGGAAUCCAAAAGAUGUCCCUCUCAUGGCCCUACCCCCGUGCCAUGCCCUUUGCCAGUUCUACGUGGUGAACGGUGAGCUGUCCUGCCAGCUGUACCAGAGGUCAGGAGACAUGGGCCUGGGUGUGCCCUUUAACAUCGCCAGCUACGCCCUGCUCACCUACAUGAUCGCACACAUCACGGGCCUGAAGCCAGGUGACUUUGUACACACUUUGGGAGAUGCACACAUUUACCUGAAUCACAUUGAACCGCUGAAAAUUCAGCUUCAGCGAGAACCAAGGCCUUUCCCCAAGCUCAAAAUACUUCGAAAAGUUGAGAAAAUUGAUGACUUCAAGGCUGAAGACUUUCAGAUUGAAGGCUACAAUCCUCACCCGACCAUUAAAAUGGAAAUGGCUGUUUAGAGUGCUUUUGAAGGAGUUGUUUGAAGGAUAUUUACAGUUCCUGCCUAAAACAGAUUUAACUGAACCCUCCUAAACAAACAUACCUGUGCUGUGUUCUCUUUUGGAUGCUGCUUAGAUGGGUAAGGUAUAUUUUAGAAAUGCUGACUAAGCUGUAUUUCACCCUAUUUUUCUAUGAUUCAUCUAAUUCUAGCUGCAUUUUAUCAUUAAAAUACAAUGAUUAUUUGGGAUAAAGGCUUUAAGGGUUAUAAAAAUAGUCUAUGAAAUAUCCCUUUACCCUCAUUAGCUUCAGCAUGGUGAAUUCUCUAAUAACAGUGCUUAGACUGAGCAAGAGAAAGAUGCUAAACCACCUCAGGGCUGAUCAGUGAAUGUUUUUACCUUUGCUGCAUAUCAGAUACCUCAUAGUGCUGCACGACUGUUUUAUUAUGCUAAUUUAUGACAAGUGUGUUUUUUAAAAAGAUUAAGGAAUUAUUCCAACAUGCUGCUUAUUUUCAAAGUUUAAUGUCUAGAUACCAGCACUUGAUAGAAAUUUUAACAUUUUCCUGGACUUUGAGACAGUUGGAUCUACUUUUGUUUAAAGAUUACAUAGGAGAAUGUUUUUUGCUGAAAGAAUCAAGUAAUGAUGACUAAGCUGAUGCCUGAGGUUAGUAUGACUUUCAGCUGAACUUGUUCUGAUUGGUAGGAUGAAUUUUUUUUUUCUAUUUUUGUAAAACCAUACCCAAGAAAUUUUAAGCCUUUUCACUUAAAGCAAAAGCUGUUAAGCAUUCAGCUCUAAUUCCCUUGAGCAGCAAGGAGCUUCUCCCAAACUUCACCAUCUGGAUACUGGUGUUUCUUUACAGACUCCUCCUUCAUUUCUGUUGAAUAACCAGCAUCCUAUCAAAGACAAAAAAUGGAAUCAUGUUAAUAACCACCUAGAACAAAAGUCAUUUAUUUUACUUAUUUCUGCUGUUCCUAGAAAUGCUUUUAAAUCUAAGUCAGAGGCAACUGAAUUAAUGUUUUAAAAAUAAGUUUGCAGGUUGUUUGAAAUGGGGGAGAGGGACGUCCUUUAUUGGCUGCUUCUCAGGAUUAGUGAACUAUUUAUACCCUUUGAUAGUUCAACCUCUGUUGGUGAAAAUGAGCCCCGAUCUCUUGAAUAGACGGAUAAAUGGCGCAGACAACACAACUGCAGUCAAAACCUUUCACUAACUUGCUAGAUGGUACCGGGGUUUUUUUUUUAGUUUUGUUUUGUUUGGGGCAGGAAGGACCCAAGGAGUGCAUGUUUUCAGGUCCAGCUGGUGAGGAAAGGCUGGCGUGAGAGAAGCCUUGUCGGGGGCAUCCUGACCUUCAGGU